GAGGGCAAGGGUCAGAGAUACAUUUCUUAACACCACCUUUGGCAAAGGGGAAAGGGACGUAACGGAGAACGGAUGAAUCCAUGGGAGAAAACUGGCAUGCCACAUGUUCAACCCCCACCAGCCAGGAAAAUGCCAGGAAGGCCAAAAGGGAAGAGGGUUUUGGAAGAAUGGGAAGGCCACACUAACAUGAGUCGAAAAGGGAGACAAAUGACCUGUCAAAAGUGUUUCCAAAAAGGACACAAUUCAAGAAAAUGCAAAGCACAAGGACCCACCACUGCCCCUCAACCUAAAAAUGCCAAUGCAAGUGAAGAGCAAGUUCCUAUUGAAGAUUCCCAACAUCCCACAAUAGUCACUGAAAAUGAUGAUUCUCAAAUUCCUUUGAGUCAAGUGGUGAACCCAACGCCUGUCAAUGAUCCAAUGUCUGUGCAGAAUCAGAAUGAAGAGAAUACCAAUCCAGCAACUGGGCAAAGGAGUUCAGAAUCAGCAACUGCGAAUCCCCCUGCAGCUACACCACAUGCCACUGUAGAAACUCCGCAGCAACCUAAAAAAAGAGUGAAGACAACUGCAAAAGAACCACCAAGACAUAGGGCAAAAAGUGUUGGUAAUAGGUCAAACCAAUAAAAAAGGAAGUUGUUGCAGUAUGUUUGUUUAAUACUAGACAGUUGGUAGUAUAUUUUGCUUUGUGCUUGUGUUUGGCUUGUGUUUGGCAAAUAUGAGACAAUUGAUUGGCAAGCUAGUUUUUGGUGUAUGCUUGAUACUUGACACUAAAAAUGAGAGAUUUUU